AUGGAUUACUACACCAUCACGCUCAUCAUUCUCAUCAUACCGCUCAUUAUUGCUUCCUAUUUGCAUCACAGACAUGUGACGUUGAAGGUGGAACGAGCCUCUGCGGCCGAAUCUGGUCGUCUUGAUAUGAUCGACGACGAGAUACACGAUAUCGAUCAUGACUCAACUGGUAAUAGAUAUUACAAUUUCCGCAACAAGUUUCUGUGGGUUUACGGUCUGGCGAUGGCUGCAGAAUGGCUCCAGGCAUCUUAUUUAUACAGCUGUCUGAAGAAUACCCAUAAGCUAUCAGAGCCUGCCAUCGCCACUCUCUUUGCCACCGGCUUUGUCUCUGCUGGAAUCAGCGCACUGUUUGUGGAUUCGCUGGCAAAUAAGCAUGGCAAAAGAUCCAUGUGCCAAUACUACUGUUUGGUAUACUCAGCUUCCUGUCUUACUACGCUCGCAGGUAACGUAAUAGUACUGUUUGCGGGUAGAGUUAUGGCCGGAUUCUGCACUACAUUGCUUUACUCAGCAUUUGAGAGUUGGAUGACAGCUGAGUAUAAACGGCAAGGAUUUGGGGAUCGUGGGACUGCUUUGAGCACGAUAUAUAGCAUGAUGGCUGUGAUAAAUGGCAUUGUUUCUGCUGGAAGCGGCAUUGUAGCUCAAGCAGCUGUGAGUGCCUUGGGUUCACAUACUGCACCCUUCUUACUCAGUAUCGUCUGUCUAAGCUUCGCACUGGUGGUCAUCACUCGGUCCUGGGCCGAGAAUCGUGGUACAUCAGGCAGGCCCCCAUUGGCCGAGACUUCAUGGAAAGCCAACGCUAUCUCUCUUCUGAAGGAUCCAAGUCUGGUUAUUCUUACACUAACCGUGUGCUUCUUUGAGGGCUCUGUCUACGUUGUCCUUUACUCCUGGCCCCAGACAAUCAUGUCAUCGCGCUUCCAUGAGAGGAUCUGGGCAAACCCUCCUUUCGGUACCAUAUUCUCGAGUCUCACGGCCGCAAUGUCUCUGGGCUCUUUCAUGUUUCUUUACACCUCGCGUGAUGCAAACUCGAUACAAGUUUCAUCGCGGACAAUCCAGCUUGCGUCAUCUAUCUCGGCCUCGGCUCUUCUGUCGGCAAUUCUACUUCGAGAUGAGUCAAGUCGCUUUUGGGCGUUCUGCGUCUUUGAGAUAUGUGCCGGGCUGUACUAUCCCAGCAUGGCCUAUCUCAAAAGCCGGGUGACUCAGGAGGAGCGAAGAGGUCGAGUUUACGGAUUGAUGAUGCGAAGGUAUGUUGCAAACCACGACCCCAUGCUUCGUAUUAUAGGCAUAGUUGCUUACGAGAGAAUCUAG